AUGGCGCCUUCAGAUGCUGUUCCCAAUAGGAGUGGCGCCCAUAUCGCGCAGCAGCUGAUAGCCCGCGCGCAUUCGCCUGAUACAGCUUCAAACAUUUUCACGGAGAGAGUAAAGCGGAAACCUCUCUUCCUGCGCUCAACGUCCCCAUCACCAGCCGAUAACCGUGCUCGUCGACGACUCCACCGUUUGCGGAAAAAGGAAUAUUUUUUGCGGAAACAAAAGCCCAAGCCCCUCUCUGCUCGAGAGAAGAGAAUCACUGGCAUCUAUAACCUUCCAAAGGAUGAGAUGAAAUAUGACAUCUUCAAAGGCCUUCAUCAGAUGUGGAUUGAAUACAUGCAUGACGUGCUAGACCUGAAUAGGGACAAUCCCCAAACCUAUAUUAAUCCUUUGACCCAUGGAAGUUUACUUGCCAGCGCAGAUUUCCAUGGAGCUGAGCUUGAGGUCGUACGUAGCAGAUGUGUUAGCCGCGUUGGCCUGAAGGGCAUAGUUGUGAGGGACUCCAAAUUUGCAUUCGUCGUAGUGACAGAGAAGGAUGAAGCUAAGACAAUCCCAAAGGAGCAUACGAUAUUUCGUUUCCAAGUGCCUCUACUCCCUAGUAGUCGCGAAGAUGUGAAAACCAACCAGCCUGAUUUUAUUUUCGAGCUACAUGGCAGCCAAUUCGAGAACAGGCCGGUUGAUAGAGCCAACAAAAAAUUUAAGUGGAAGAAUUUGGACUAUCUUUAA